CAGUGGGGAGCGCGAGAGCUCACUUCUCUCUCAACACUGCCAGGGCUGGAGGUGGGCGCCCAGCACCAAGACAGCCGACCCAUGGCUCUGCCCUGCGCCCUGGGGCUCGGGACCCUGCUGGCCCUACCAGGGGCCCUGGGCUCAGGCGGCAGCACUAAGGACGGCUCUGACUCUUCUGUCACCAUCGUCUUGCUGCUGCUGCUGCUCCUGCUGCUGGCCACUGGCCUGGCACUGGCCUGGCGCCGUCUCAGCCGUGACUCGGGGGGCUAUUACCACCCAGCCCGCCUGGGGGCCAUGCUGUGGGGCCGCACGCGCCGCCUGCUGUGGGCCAGCCCCGCAGGUCGCUGGCUUCGGGCCCGGGUUGAGCAGGGAUCACCGGACAAUGACCCUGAGCUGCAGGAGGAUGAUGAGGACGCCGAAGACUACGUCAUGGAUGGCGGCCUAGGGAUGGCUGAACCCCAGGAAGAGGAGAAGCUGUGUGGAGAAGGGCCCAACCCACGGCAGGCCCCAGACCAGGCCGAGGAGGCCCAUGACGGCGACGAUGAGGGGGGCCUGUGCCUCAGCACGCAUGGGCCGGCGGGCUCGGGGGGCAGCGCCGAGGCCCUGCUCAGCGACCUACACGCCUUUGCUGGCAGCGCAGCCUGGGAUGACAGCACUAGAGCAGCCGGGGGCCAGGGCCCCCACGUCACCGCACUGUAGCGACCAGCCUCAGUCUCCAUCACACCCAUACUCACUGUGCCUCUGCUUCCCAAGCUGCCAUAGCUGGACAUGCCCUGCCCUAGACCCAUCAACCACACCCUGCAAAGACUGUAACUCCCCCACCUGCUCCCGUCCCUGUCGCCCCAUCCACCGGAACAGAGAGCAGCCUUUAGAAAUAAAGCUCUCCAGUCUCCAUCCCAAGGUGCUGUGGUCCUGUGGCAACCCCUCCCUCCCCAGCAGGGGCUCCUGCUGGUAUGACCCCGCCCGCUCCUGCCCGUGUCCAA